AUGACAGUUAAAGAUGAACGAAUUAAAAUGAUGAAUGAAAUCCUCAAUGGAAUUAGAGUUUUGAAAUUAUAUGCAUGGGAAAUGGCAUUUAUUCGUUCAAUUACUCGUAUUCGAGAAAAAGAACUCGGAUAUAUACGUCAAAAAGCUAUUAUUGGUGCUAUUUCAAAUAUUCUUUGGACAUUUGCACCAAUUUUAGUUGGCAUAACCACAUUUGCCACAUAUGUUCUUUUAUCAGAUUCGAAUAUUUUAACUGCCGACAAAGCAUUUGUAUCAUUAGCACUAUUCAAUCUACUUCGCGGUCCACUUGUUUCAUUUCCAAAUAUGAUUAACAGUAUUGUCGACGCACGUGUAUCAAGCAAUCGCAUUGGAAAAUUUUUAAACAAUGAUGAAAUUGAUAAAUAUGCUGUUGAUAGAGUAUCAAAUGAAUUAUCACACGGAAAUUCUGUUAAUAUUGAAAAUGGAUCUUUUCGUUGGUCAAAUCUUGUUGAUGGUCCUUUAGUUUUAAAAAAUAUAAAUCUACAAAUUCAUCAAGGUUCACUUGUUGCACUUGUUGGCAUGGUAGGAUCUGGUAAAAGUAGUAUAUUAGCAGCACUUCUUGGAGAAAUGAUUAAAGUUAAUGGACGUGUUAGUAUAAGUGGAAAAAUUGCUUAUGUUCCACAGACAGCAUGGAUUAUGAAUACAACAUUAAAAGAAAAUAUUCUUUUCGGAAGAGAUUUUGAUAAGAAAUUAUAUGAUCAAGUCAUUGAAGCAUGUGCUUUAGAACAAGAUCUUGUUAUGCUUCCAGCAAAAGAUCAAACAGAAAUUGGUGAAAAGGGUAUUAAUUUAUCCGGUGGACAACGACAACGAGUUUCAUUAGCUCGAGCAUUAUAUAGUAAUGCUGAUAUCUAUCUACUUGAUGAUCCAUUAUCAGCUGUUGAUGCUCAUGUGGGUGCUCAUAUCUUCAAACAUGUUAUUGGUUCAAAAGGAUUAUUAAAUGGCAAAACAAGAAUUUUAGUUACACAUGGUGUAUCUCAUUUACAUAAAUGUGAUGAUAUUAUUGUUAUUUCUCAAGGUGAAAUUGUUGAUCAUGGUUUAUAUAGUGAUUUAAUACAACGAAGCAAGAUUUUACGUGAAUUUGUUCAUUCGAUCGCUCUUUCUGAGAAAGAGCAAUAUCAAUAUGAAAUAAAUGAUAUUGAACGUCGACAAAGUAUUUCAACGCCUUCAAAAGAAUUAGUUUCUAAUCCACUUGAAAUUACUAAAAAUGAUGUUCAACAAAAAAUUGAAUCACAAUCAAUUACAGUCGAAAUUGAAGAAGAAGAAAAGAAAAAACUUAUUCAAAAAGAAACUGUACAAACUGGUUCUGUAAAACUUCGUAUUUUUUCUAUUUAUAUUCGUGCAUGUAAAUUAUCAAUGAUUACAUUGUUAACUAUUUUUUUCUGUUUAACAACAUUUGCUACUCUAUGUGGAAAUAUUUGGCUUUCUAAAUGGACUGAUAAAUCGACAAAGAACGAUACAUCAUCAUUAUCGAAUAGUCGAAUUCGUGAUAUGAACAUUUAUUCAGCAUUGGGAAUCACUCUAGGUUUUCUUGCAUUUGUUAUGCAUUUUGUUUUAAAACUUGCUGCAUAUAUUGCUGGUCGAAAACUCCAUUGA